AUGGACGGCGACUUCGACGACGAGAGGCCCGACCACCACCGGGCGGUGAUCCCCAGCUUCAAAGGCGACGUCCCUCCCAUCUGCAACAAGCGCACCGGCAGGUCCAAGCUCUUUAUCCGUGAGCACACAUUUUUGCGCAGAGAGCCAGCGAUGGUGACAUGUCCGAAUUGCCUCCGAGGUGUCGAGACGAUCGUUGAGAGGCGCAAUACAUCCACGACCCAUUUGUCAGCGUUGCUCCUACUUCCAGUUUGUUUGUGCGCCUUGCCCUACUAUUCUAAACUGCUGAGAGAUGCCAUUCACAGUUGCCCAUCUUGUGGUAUUCAUCUGGGAAGUAAUUUCGCGUCGUCACGCGAGGCUCUUGCCGCUUGCUUUAGCCAACGACAAGGAGAUGAGAAUUUCUCGUGCAACAAGGAGAAGGAGAAAUUUUUAUAA